AUGGCGGAAGAGAUCACCAUCGACAAGACCAUAUUCCAUGACCGUCUCUCGUCUUUCCUUACGGAAUGGAAGGGAGACAAGCGUGACGCGUCUUUCAACGGUGUCAACUCCAUCAUUUUGCUGCUUGGGAAGGCAAGCGGCGAUCCGAAUAACUACAACAAAGCGGCCGCUUUUCAGCUAUGGCUGCUAGGUUAUGAGUUCCCUGCGACCCUGAUGGUCCUGACCCCCGAUGUGGUACAUAUUGUUACUACUAAGAAGAAGGCAUCGUACCUAGAGCCUUUGAAAGGUGGCGCAGUACAUCUUGAGAUACAUAUUCGCGGCAAGGACGCAGAUGAGAAUGCGAAGCAAUUUCAGCAAAUCACGGAUAUUAUCAAAGGAGCAGGAAAGAAAGUCGGUAUCUUGACGAAAGACAACCAAGUUGGUCCGUUCGCAGACGAGUGGAAGAAAUCAUACGAGGCCGUCUCGAAAGGAUUGGAGGAGGUGGACAUCGCAACGACCAUCUCUAUAGCAGCCCUGUCUGUGAAAGAUGGAGAAGAACUGCGUACGAUGCGUGAUGCUGCGCGAGCAUCAUCUGGACUGAUGCAAAAUUUCUUCGUGGAUGAGAUGUCGACUAUUCUGGAUGAUGGAAAGAGAGUAACUCACAAGGCUCUUGCGGACAAAGUCGCAGGAAAAAUUGACGACACUGCAUUUUUCAAUAAGCUUAAGAAGGAAACAAAGAUGUCUGCGAACUUCGAUUCCGCGAAUCUCGAUUGGGGUCUUCCUCCAACGAUUCAAAGUGGCGACAAAUUCGACGUGAAGUUUGCCUCUGAGCCUGAUUCCAAUCCGAUCAAAGCUGGCGUCGUUAUACUCGCUCUAGGACUUCGCUAUUCGAGUUACGGCUCCCAGGUCGCAAGAACGUAUAUGGUGGACCCUUCCAAAUCACAGGAGACGAAUUAUAGGCUUCUCUACUCCAUCCAUCAGGAAGUCAUAAAGGCGCUACGGGACAAUGUCCCCACCAAAGAGGUUUACAACAAGGCAAUCGGCCUCUUGCGCGCAAAGAAACCAGAUCUAGAAAAACACUUUCCCAAAAAUGUGGGUUAUGGUAUUGGGAUCGAGGGCAAGGACAACACGCUUCUCUUGAGUGGGAAAAAUGGCCGUACGUUGAAGGACGGUAUGACUCUGCUUGUUACCACGAGCUUCGACAACAUACCAAAUCCGGAUGGCAAGGGCAAGAGUUCUUACUCACUCGUCCUUACUGAUACUGUCCGCGUCACUAAGGAUGCAACUGCUGUGUUCACCAAAGACGCAGUAGCGGAGGUAGAGGAGAUCUCGUACUUUUUCAACGAAAGUGAAGAGGAGGAAAAACCCAAGAAAGCCAAAAAAGACAACAAAGUCGGCGCUGUCGCUCGACAGAACAUACAAAAGACUAGGCUGCGUGCGGAGCGCACCACUAAUCAGGACGCCGAGAAGGAAGCCGCUCGACGAGAACAUCAGAAAGAGUUGCACCAAAAGAAGCAGAAAGAAGGUCUCGAGGUCUAUGGUAAAGGGACUGGCGCCUUGAACGGCACGGAAGAAAAGAAGUUCAAGCGUUUCGAAUCGUACAAGCAGCACAACCAAUUUCCAUCGAGAGUCAAAGACCUAGUGAUCGUCGUCGACACGAAGAAUUCUACGGUAAUCCUUCCGAUCAUGGGCCGGCCGGUGCCCUUCCAUAUCAACACUAUCAAGAACGCAACGCAUUCGCCUGAAGGUGAUUUUACGUCCCUUCGUAUCAACUUCUUGUCUCCCGGGCAAGGUGUCGGCAGGAAAGACGAUCAGCCUUUCGAAGACCCGACAGCUCAUUUCGUGCGAAGCUUGACCUUCAGAUCACGCGAUAUUGAACGUAUCGAUGAUAUCACGAGGCAGAUCACGGAACUGAAAAGAGAUAUUGUUCGUAGAGAGAACGAAAAGAAGCAGAUGGAGGAUGUCGUGGAGCAAGACAAGUUGAUUGUGCUCAAAAACCGAAAACCAUACAACCUGGAUCUGGUCUAUCUGCGGCCGCAACUCGAAGGAAAACGUAUGCCUGGUCUACUAGAAAUCCAGCAAAACGGUCUUCGAUAUCACCAUGGCAUGGGCGGUGGUCCAAAAGUCGACAUCCUAUUUGGCAACAUCAAGCAUCUUUUCUUCCAACCCUGCCAACACGAACUCAUAGUCAUCAUUCACGUCCACCUGAAGAAUCCUAUCAUGGUCGGCAAGAAGAAGACGAAGGACGUCCAAUUCUAUCGCGAGGCAACCGAUAUGGCUUUCGACGAGACGGGUAAUCGUCGUCGUAAACACCGCUAUGGCGAUGACGAGGAAUUUGAGGCUGAACAAGAAGAGCGUCGGCGACGCGCGGAGCUCGACAAGCAAUUUAAGAGCUUCGCGGAGAAGAUCGCCGAUGCUGGACGGAGUGAGAAUGUCAGCGUAGACGUGCCCUUCCGUGAGCUUGGUUACAAUGGUGUACCAGCCCGCUCGUCCGUCUUGAUUCAGCCCACCACAGACUGCUUAGUGCAGCUCACCGAACCCCCAUUCUUAGUUCUCACACUGUCCGAGAUUGAAGUCGUCCAUCUUGAGCGCGUUCAGUUCGGCCUCAAGAACUUCGACAUGGUACUAAUCUUCCGCGACUUCAAUCGCCCGCCCGCGCACAUCAACACGAUCCCCGUUGAAUCUCUCGACGCUGUCAAGGACUGGCUUGAUAGCUGCGAAAUCCCCUUCUCCGAGGGCCCGCUCAACCUCAACUGGGCGCCCAUCAUGAAGACCGUCACAUCGGACCCACACGCUUUCUUUGAAGACGGCGGCUGGUCGUUUCUGCAGGCUGAGAGCGAUGAUGAGGGCGACGAGUCAGAAGAGCAAGAGAGUGACUUUGAGAUGGACGAGAGUGAUCUAGCUAGUGUCAGCGAAAGCGACGAUGAGAGCGACUUUGACGAGAAUGCCUCUGCUGAGGCCAGUGAUGCGAGUGACAUGAGCGAUGAGGAAGAAGGUGAGGAUUGGGACGAUAUGGAGAGGAAGGCGGCCAAGGCGGAUAAGGAGCGCGUGCCCGAGGACGAUGAUGAUCGGAAAAAGAGUGCCAAGGGAGGGCAGAAGAGGAAGCGAUGAGAGGACACGGCUGUACUACUCGUUGGGUCACACGGGGCUUGUUUGUAUAUGAGGUGUAUGGUCUUGCGCACUACGCGCUGGUCUUGGUGCAA